CCUCCAGUCUCUUUUAUCAUCAGUGAGGGAUGUGUGAUGUUGAUGUGACAUUUCCAGGACUGUGUGUGUAACCUUUAAACCUGACACACAUCACAGCAGCUUUGAAGUGGCCUCCACAGUAACAACAAAGAGCAGAGGGGGAAACCAGAAGUUAAAAAGGGAGGCCAGAUGCCACUCUGACAGAAAUUGGGACCUCGGUUGGACGUAGGCUCACAUAGCCUAGUGUUAAGAGUAUAACAGUAACUUUUCCAUUAUUAUUUCAAAUCUAAAUCCAUAUUUGGAGGUGGAACAGGUUUCUGUGUGUUCAGCAGGUUUUACAUUUUCAACUCUCAACAAUUGAUUGCAAUUCCAUUAAUUUAUUUUCUCUCACUUUGGAGUGGAAAGAAGUGGAGUUUCAGCUUGCUGUCUGGGACUAAAAGUGGGAGUCUCUCUGGAGGAGGGGGAUGUCAGAGAAGGUGUGCAGCAAUAACAGUGUGAUGCAGGCACGGAGGACUGUGGAACAACUACGAGUGGAGGCAAGCAUGGAGAGGAUCAAGAUCUCCACAGCAGCUGCCCAGCUGGUACAGUACUGUCAGGAGCACAGUCGCAGUGACCCCCUCCUCACCGGCAUCUCUGCCUCCUCCAACCCCUUCAAAGACAAGAAGACCUGUGUCCUGCUGUAGAAAGGCUGCUCUCUGGUGCUGCAUUCAACAGUGCUUCAUCAUCAACAACAGUGAAACAUUUUGAUGCCAGGCUACUUCAACAUGUCCUACUUCAUCAUGCCAGACAAGACAUUAACAUGUUGGCUAAAGCAAAAAGUGACUGGUUGGUACAGUAUUGGUCAUGCUGUAACUUCAGCAUAUGGCCUGCAGUCCAGAAUGUCUCAAUAACAAAGGAGAGCAAACUGUUUAUAUCUUCUUCUUGACAUUACAGAACCACAAGGUACACUGGUAAACAAUGAAUUGAUUGAGUGUAAACAUUUUAUUCAUAACAAAAGAAAUCACACAUAGCAUAUUCACAAAAGCAUAUUUACAAACUCUGAAUCAUUUGGGUAUUUUUAUGCAGUCAGAGGACUCUCUUGCAGCAGGUGAAGAGGGGUCGCAGAUAAGGAGAUUGAUUGUUGCUAAGGACAGACACUGUUGCCUCAGACUAUCAGUGUAAGAAAAGCUUGUAAGAAAUAAUUAGUGAACAAUGCAGUACUAUUGGGGUUUGCACUCAAACGAGCCACUUGAGCGAGGUUGGUGCUGGGACGCUACAGAUUCAAAUCAAAAUCAACGUUUAUUUUGUCACGUGUGUAACAGUACAGCGCUUUCCUCAACAGUGCAGAAUUAAAUAAAAAAAUAGCAUUCCGUAACAUGGUAAGAGUUGGUAAAGUAGUUACCCUAAGAGAGAAUGACAACGAGGAAGAACUCAAAACAGUGUAAUUGACAAACAAGUGCUGUGGUACUGAGUAUAAGAACGCCACUACACACAUUAUGACAGUUAGACCAAAAUACUUUACAAUCAGUGUGUCAGAACGGCUUGACUGAUUCUUUACAUUGUGUUUCCGAAUCUGUUUCAAUUGUCAAAGAGAAAAAUACUUCAUCUAUUUUCUAGAGACCAACUGUCUGGAAUGCUGGUGGCGGAAUGUCCUCAUUUUUAUCAACAAGCUAAAAUCAGCCCAUUGAAAAAACAAAUCAUGUACAAGUGUUUAAAACCAUUCAGUGGUGAUGUGCCUUAAAUUAACUCCCAAAUAUACACUUGAAGCUAAAA